AUGUCAAUCCGGCACAAUGAAACGAUUCCUCAGCAUCGGACCAGACCGACGCGAAACCCGUACAAGUCGCUUAGAAAUGAUUUACCGAAUCGCGCGGAUCGGAUGGUUAUCGUGGACAACGCGCGAACGUCGCAGCUAAUUGCUUCGGUGCUUCCUCGGAUAUAAAUCCGAUUUUCUUUAAUCCUUUCACGUCGUUGAAACGUCCCAUAAUGCGCGUUUAUUCUCAAUGCGCUUACUUAUUGCACUAAAGCGGACUGAAUUUCUUCUUCUUUUUUUCAUUUAUUAUUGUAAGAUUGUGUCGAGUUAGGUAUUAUUUUCUUUAAUCCUUUCGUCGUUAAAAUCUCUCAGCAUAUGCGUUUGUUUUUAAAUUGUCGAAUGAAACACUACUAGCUAUUAGCUGAAUUAGGUAUGAUAAUAUAUACUUGUGAAAUCUUUUAAUGAUGAUAUUCAUCACUCACGUACUUAUUGGUUUUGUCAAACUUUUUUGCACAACCUUUACACAUAUUUAGAAGAUCAUCUGGUUUUAGAUUAUCUUAUCUUUGGCCAGUUCAUUUCUCUUGUUUCUUUUUUCUUUUUCUUUAUUUUCCGUGUUCUUCUAGCAAACAAAGCAGUCUGCUGGCAAUCUCAUUUCUGUCUAUUUGAACAAGCUUUGCGGCGUAGGUGUCCAACAGCACGAAGCGACCUGA